AUGUCUUACAAUCAAGGCGGCGGUGGUGGCCAUGGUCAGCAGCAGCAGCACCGCGGUGAGGCCAGCGAGUUCUACAACCAGGGCGGCAACAACGGAUACGGCCAGCAACAGCAACAGCCGUAUGGCGGCCAGGGUGGCUAUGGUCAGGAGCCGCCUCAGUACCAGCAGCUCCCUUCUGCUGCUGCGCAUUCUUCAAAUUCAGGUCGCAAUUCCCACAACCAGGGGUACCAGAACCAGUACAACGGCGAAGGCAACCCAGAGGGCGACCGUGGCAUCAUGGGAGGCAUUGCUGGAGGUGCUGCUGGUGCCUUCGGUGGUCACAAGUUAGGUGGCCAAGCAGGUCACGGCACCGCAGGUACCAUCAUCGGUGCCAUUUCCGGUGCGUUCGCAGGACACAAGGCACAAGACGCUGUUGGCGACUGGAAAGACGAACGCGACGAGAAGAAGAAGUGGGAGAAGCAGCAAGAGGAGCAGCAGAAGUACAACCAGCAACACCAUGGUGGCCCACCACCUGAGCACCAGCCUCAGCGCCGUAACAGCGGUGGGGAGCGCUCUCGCGGCGACUUUGGUGGCAACUUCACUGCCUCGUCCCGGGACAUUCGCCUAGACGCCCACGGCGACUUCAACCUGCACGCCCAGUGUGCCCGUACUGACGGCUCUCACUCAUCAAGCACAUUGAGCCUCAACAAGUACAUCGAGAACGACAAUGGCAGCUUCCGCUGGUCAGGAGGCAGCAGCAAUGGCGCUUCCACAUACACCGUUCAGCAGGGCGAUACACUCCGCGCCAUCGCCGCCAGAUUCUCGCACUGCUCGUUCGAGGAUCUUGCCAGACACAACAACAUUACCAACCCCGACCAGAUCUGGCCUGGGCAGAACCUACAGGUCCCUGGCGGCGGUACCCGCGGUGGAGGCAACUUCGGUGCCUCGGCUAGGAAUGUCAGGUUGGAGCGUGGCGGACAGGAGCUGGUGGCUGAGCUUGCUCCUCAGUGGCAUACAAGGACGCUCAAUCUCGAUGAGAGGAUUGGCAACAGGAACGGAUGCCUCGAGUUUGUCUAA